GACAUAUACUCACAUUCACCAUGUCCUACAACAAAGUUCAAGACUACGAUUUUGAAAAGUUCCCCAUCGACUUGAAGGCGUAUAAGCCUCUUGCCCUGGACCCGUCCAAGGAUAAGAAGCUGUCUGCGGAACAGAAGGCUCACCUGCAAGCCAACAUCCAGCUCUUACGAGACACCAUCAUCUUCUUCACUGCCACCGGCGCUGCGCGAGGCGCUGCUGGACACUCUGGUGGACCUUAUGACACUGUCCCAGAAGUAGCCAUUCUGCUCUCAUUCCUUGCUGGAGAUAAAGAUGGAUCCAAGUUCUACGACACCUUUUUCGACGAAGCUGGUCACCGUGUUGCUACUCAAUACCUUCUGUCCGCCCUCGAUGGGGCGAUUCCUGUAGAGCAGCUGCUGCAUUACCGAGCUGCCAACUCAAAGCUUCCCGGUCACCCAGAGCUCGGCUUGACACCCGGUGUCAAGUUCUCCUCCGGUCGAUUAGGACACAUGUGGCCUUUGGUCAAUGGUGUCGCUAUGGGAAACCCUGACAAGGUCGUUUUCUGUCUCGGCUCGGAUGGUUCAGAACAGGAAGGAGAUGAUUCCGAGGCUGCCCGUCUCGCCGUCGCCAAGAAUCUCAACGUCAAGCUCUUUAUCGACGAUAACAAUGUGACCAUUGCUGGACAUCCCUCCGACUACCUCAAAGGGUACAGUGUCAAAACCACUUUGGAGGGACACGGGAUGAAGGUCCUAGAGGUGGACGGAGAGGAUCUUGACGCUCUGUAUCCCGCCAUGGUCGAAGCCGUGACCACACAUGGACCAUUCGCCGUCGUAGCCAAGCGAAAGAUGGCCGUCGGCAUCCCCGACCUCGAGGGCAGUCCUCACGCCCACGAUGUGAUCAAAGUGGAACCCGCGAUCAAGUAUCUCGACAGUAAGGGCCACAAGAAAUGCGCAGCCAUUCUUCGCGCCAUCAAGCCCACCGAGAGCUCGGACAUCCUGCUUGGCAGUACUAAGGAACGCGGCGCCGUCCGAGUCCAAUUCGGCGAGGCGGUCAGCACUGUGCUCGACAAGUCUGGCAAGGAUGAGAAUGCCAAGCGGGUUUGCGUCAUUGACUCGGAUCUCGAGGGAUCGACUGGGCUGAGCGUCAUUCACAAGAAGCAUCCUGAGGUAUUUGUCUCGAGUGGAAUUAUGGAGAGAGGCAACUUUUCAGCUGCGGCCGGUUUCGGAGCGUACAAUGAUUACCGUCAGGGCGUCUUCAGUACCUUUUCCGCCUUCUCCGAAAUGAUCAUCUCCGAACUCACCAUGGCCCGUCUCAACUUUGCGAACGUGCUCACCCACUUUUCGCACUCGGGUGUGGACGAAAUGGCCGACAAUACUUGUCACUUUGGUAUCAAUCAAUUCUUCCUGGACAAUGGACUGGAGGAUAGCUACGAGACCAAGUUGUACUUCCCAGCUGAUGCAGACCAAAUGGACGCCAUCAUUGACAAAGUCUUCUAUGACAAGGGCAUCCGAUUCGUCUUUUCUACCCGAGCCAAGGUGCCUUGGAUUCUCAAAGAAGACGGAUCCAAAUUCUUCUCUGGCGACUACAAGUUUGUUCCCGGAAAGGACGAGGUGAUCCGGAAGGGUACCGCAGGUUACAUUGUCUCGUAUGGAGACAUGCUCUACCGAUCCUUGGACGCCGUUGAGCGGCUAAAGAAGGAAGGUGUUGAUGUAGGACUGAUCAACAAGAGCACUCUCAACGUUGUCGAUGAGCAGAUCAUCAAAGAAAUUGGAUCAUCGCCAUUCGUCCUUGUCGUUGAGAGCUUGAACCAACGAACCGGACUGGGAAGCAAAUACGGUACUUGGCUCCUUGAGCGAGACCUGCACCCGCGAUACGGCUACAUGGGUACAAACAAGGAGGGUUGUGGCGGAUUAGGCGAGCAAAUUCCGUACCAAGGGCUGGCUCCGGGAGAUAUCUUGUUGAAGGCCAAGCAGUUGAUGAAGUGAAAAGGGUUAUCGUAGACGAAUGCAUCGAGAUGACGAAUA